AUGAAACACCAUAACCAAGCCGAAUACCAGCGAAAAAAAGGAAACACCUACCAGCGAACAGACGACGACACAAACCGAAUACGGCAACGCGAAGAAAUAGUUUCUUUGUUUUUCUUCAGCCUUCCGGGCACAUGCCCACCCUUCCCCAUCUCAUACAGCUACCGACACAUUUCCCUAUGCGUGAGACGUGCCGUUUACAAAGCGAAAGCACACACACACACACAAAAAAAAACACAACCGAAACAUAACCAAUCGUACACACACUCACAUUGUAGUAGAAAGUUCCCCCUCCCGUUUAGUUUUUGCUCACGCGUAAAUAUAUUUGUCCAGCAACCUCUCCUCACUCGGGCUGCUUUUUUUUUUUGCAUGUUUCGCUGCCCCUACCCUGUUUUCCUUUAUCAGCAUCCACAGCCCUCUACACCUCCUGAUGCUUUCCACCAGUUGCACACCCUCACAAAAAUGAAAGAAAUAAUAAAAAAAAAAGAAACAACAGCUGAUCGCUACAAUUUGCUUCAAAGUUCCCAGUUUCUCUUCAUAUCUAUCGACCCCUCAUCUCACUCUGAUACCCCAUGA